AUGUCGAUUGAACUAAACUGGGAGACACUCACGAGUGGUCCCGACGGUGACGCUCUCGCUGAGCGCAUCCGGGAAUUCGUCCACGAUAAAUUCCAGACCGUUCCACUACCAAAAUUCAUCCGCUCAGUAACAGUACACGGUUUCGACUUUGGAACUAUUCCUCCGCAGCUCGAGCUCAAGGAUAUCACAGAUCCAUUACCGGACUUUUACGAGGAAGAUCUAGAUGAGGAUGAUGAAGAGAGUGACGAGGAGCCGUCGCCACCACCACCGCCUCCAGAACCUGCGAGGAUGAGGCCUGGUCCUGCACCGUGGGGAGGAAACACGAGGAGAGGUGGUGGGUUGAGAGGCGAGGUGUUGAGAAAUGAGAUGAUGGGCCAUGAUUUAGGAAGCCCAUUUCUGGGAACUUCAACACCAGGAAUUCUAGGGGGAUCAGGCCUGGGCGGUUACUUCCAAAGCCAUCUUGGCACAGGCACACAUACGCCUCUCGCCGCUGUUGCAAGUGCACAUCACACCAACUGGAUGAGCGUCCCAGGAACACCAGCUCGCGAAUGGGGAACUCCAAGCCACACCCGAAACCCUUCACAAAGCAGUCUCACAUCAGUGGAUAACUUCAAGGCCAGCCUCGAUCCAUUACAGAGUCUGCGUGAAAAGGGAAGCGUGUCUACACUUGCGCCUACGUCAGUGGAGGCGUCACGACCACCAACAAGAGAUACGCAUCUCGGCGGCUCAGCGAUUGUUGAUGAUGACGAAGAAGAAGAGGGAGAAGAGGAGGCAGGACGACGACCACGGGAACCCCGCGUGGAGGACGUCCAGGCUGUUUUCAGGAUACGCUACAACGGCGACAUUCGAUUGAACCUUACAGCGGAGAUUUUACUUGACUACCCUAUGCCGAGUUUCGUGGGCAUCCCCCUGAAGCUUAACAUCACAGGCUUGACCUUCGACGGCGUGGGUGUGCUGGCACAUAUUCGCAAGCGUGUGCAUUUCUGUUUCCUCGGUCCAGAUGAUGCACUUGCAGCUAUUGGCCCUGACGACCCCAACGACGAAGGUUCAAAGGGUGCUGGUGGGGCUGCGAAGAGUGAGGAUCAUAAACCAAGAGUCGGCGGUCUCCUACAGGAAAUCCGCGUGGAAAGCGAAAUCGGAGAACGAGUUGGAGGGAAGCAGAGUCUAAAAAACGUUGGCAAGGUCGAGAGAUUCGUACUCGAACAGGUCCGCCGGAUCUUCGAGUCAGAGUUCGUGUACCCCAGCUUCUGGACAUUCCUGGUGUAA